AUGGCUUUUUACAGGAGUGUGCUGUCGCAGAUGAUCAUCUGUGGCCUGGUUGCUCUGCUCGGACCUGGUCUAUGGAAUGCGAACAACUCGCUUGGUGCUGGAGGAGCACUUGAGCCUUACCUGGUCAAUGCUGGCAACUCGCUUGUGUUUGGGCUGAUGGGCCUGUUUUGUAUUCUGUCGCCCAUCUUCGUCAAUUGGAUCGGUGUGAAGAGGACUCUGAUUGCUGGUACCCUCGGGUGGUCGGUUUACAGCGCCUCACUCUACCAAAACAACCGUUAUGGCACUGAAUGGUUUGUUAUUUUCGGAGCCGCUAUUUGCGGAGUCAGUGCCGGUUUGUACUGGGCAGCGGAGGGAUCCAUCAUCCUCUCAUAUCCCGAACACGCGAAGAGAGGUAGAUAUCUUGCCCUCUGGCUUGCGUUCAAGAACAGUGGCCAGCUCAUCGGCGGUGCCAUUAACCUCGGACUAAAUGCCAACCGAUCCACCGGCGGAAAGGUCUCCUACGUUACGAUCUUGGUCUUUGUUGGACUCCAAGCACUCGCCGUUCCGAUUGGAUUCGGACUUUCUUCGCCCGAGAAGACGGAACGGUCCGAUGGUUCUAAGAUUGUCGUCGAGGAACGGACACCCGCAAAGGUGCAGCUCAAGAAGCUCUGGCAGACUAUUACUACCCGCCAGAUUGGACUCUUGCUCCCCAUCUUCUUUUCCAGCUGGUUCUAUUGGGGUUACGCAUCGACCUACCUGACUUUGUACUUCAGUGUUCGCGCCCGAGCACUUGCAUCCUUCCUCUCAGCCAUCACUGGUACUCUGGCAUGCAUUCUUUUCGGCAUCUUCCUUGAUUCUAACAAACUCACUGUCAAGUCCCGCAUUCGUUACGGCUUCGUCUUCUCUUGCGGCCUCUUCACCCUCCUCUGGAUCUGGGUCCUGAUCGUGCAGCACGGCUUCGAGCAAAAGAAGCCUGCCACCCUGGACUGGUCCUCCCCUGGAUUCGGCCGCGCCUUCGGAAUCUACAUCAUGCUACAGACUUCAGGCAAUAUGGUCCAGAACUUCCUCUACUUCCUGGUGGGAACUCUCGGCGACGGAACGCUCGAACUGAGCAGAUCUACCGGUCUUCUCAGAGGAGUGGAGAGCUGGGGCCAGUGUGCUUCAUUUGGUAUCAGCAGCAGCAAAUUCUCGCCAUUUUACACCACUGUCAUCAAUGUGAUAUUCUGGACGCUUAGCCUUUUCCCCGCUGCCGUCACGAUCUGGGCAGUUGAGGAUAGGAAGCAGUACCCCGAGAGCGAGGUUCGGGAGUUCAGUGAUAAGGGCGCGGCCGAUGCUGGCAGUUCAGAGAAGAAUGUGUAG